AUGAAGACAAUUGAUAUUCUCUUGGCAUGUCUUCUCAUUAGCGUUCCGCUUCUUCACCUCCUCGUCUCCCCGUACACCAAGGUCGAGGAGUCGUUCAACAUCCAAGCAGUCCACGACAUCCUCGUCUACGGAACACCUCACACAGAUGUUUCUGAUCGCCUCUUCGCAGCUUAUGAUCACUUAACGUUCUCCGGAGCCGUUCCCCGGACGUUUCUCGGUGCUGUGAUUCUUGCAGGUUUAGGGCAACCUAUUAUUGCUCUUGUUGGCUUCCAACAUGCUCAGCUAGUAGUGCGAGGACUACUUGGCGCGGCCAACGUUGCUGCCCUGCUGACGUUCAAGAACCUUUUGAAGAAAUCACACGGUCAAGGUGUUGCGGCUUGGUGGGUUGUUCUUAUGGCCAGCCAGUUUCACAUCAAUUAUUACCUAUCACGGACAUUGCCCAAUAUGUAUGCCUUUGGUUUAACAACUCUUGCCUCCGCAUUUCUAUUACCUCAGGCCUCGGGUGUGCUUCCUUAUGCUCGCCGCAGACAAGCGAUCGCUCUUCUAGUCAUUGCAACAGCAGUCUUCCGGUCCGAAGUUGCCGUUCUCCUGGCCACCACUGGGCUUUACCUCCUUUUCACAAACCAUUACACUCUGAUCCGCUUGGCUGUUGACGUCCUCACCCCUUUAUUCGUCCCAAUCGCUAUCUCAGUGCCCCUCGACUCGUACUUCUGGCAGGAGCCGCUUUGGCCUGAACUCUGGGGCUUCUACUACAAUGCUAUCCUCGGGUCUUCGUCAGAAUGGGGUGUCUCUCCAUGGCACUAUUAUUUCACCUCGGCGAUCUUCAAGAUUUUCCUUAACCCCUUUGUGCCGUGUCUGAUCCUCUUUUCACUACAACAGACUGGCAUACAACGAGCUGCGCGAGCUCUAGUUAUCCCGAACUUCCUUUUUGUUGCCAUCUACUCUGCUCAGCCGCACAAAGAGCCACGGUUCAUCUUUUAUAUUAUUCCGUCUUUCACUGCUGCUGCGGCACUUGGUGCUAACUACAUAUACAGGCGUGGGUCCAAGAACUUGGUCUACCGCGUCAUGCGCAUGGCUAUCGUGUUAUCUGUCCUGGCCAGCUUCGCGGCCAGCAUUCCCAAACUGGUUAUCUCGUCUUUGAACUACCCUGGUGGUGAUGCACUUGAGCAGCUGCGUUACAUCACUCGAGAUGACCCUACUCCCGUUAUGAACGUUCACGCCGAUGUGUUGACCUGCAUGACUGGACUUACACUCUUCGGACAGAAUCCGUCUGGUUAUCCUGUUGCAUAUUCCAUCACUCCUGAGCCAAAUGCCACAGCCCCUUUGCUGAUCUUCGAUAAAACGGAAGCAAAGGAGCGGCUUGCCUUGCCCGGCUUUUGGGAUCGCUUCGAUUAUGCUCUAGCCGAAGACCCGCGCAAAGUACUGGGCGGAUGGCAGGUUGUAGGAGUGGUCACAGGCUAUGACGGUAUCGAGGUUCUUAAGCCGGGCUCUUCACCUGCAGGCGAUGAAAAGGAGGAGGGGAGGAUUGAUGGCGAGAAAGUUUUAGGCAUGGGCGCUCGCGUCGCUGCUGUGAGAGACUUCAUCAGGGGGUACACAGGCGGCUGGUGGGUUGGACCCCGAAUGUCGCCCAAGAUCCGAAUCCUCAGGCGUGUCAGUUAG